UAACUUAUUAAUAUUAACUCCGUCUUUAAGUUUAUACAUAUUCCUUUCUCUGUAAUGCUAAGAAAUACUAAUACAAUGUAAGUGGAUUAGGAUAUAUUUAUUUCCAUACUUAUUGAGGUAAUUGUGGCUCAUUGAGAAAAACAGGUGAGAGUGAGAGGUGGAGCAACACUGGAAAGUUUCACUUCCAGUUUCCAGAAAUGAAAGUAAAAUGAGUGAAGAACAGCAGAGCUGCAGUCGAGACUUAAUUUCUCAGUCUGUGCUCAUUUCUUCUUUCUCAACAACUGAGUCAAACAGCGAGUUCAGACAUGUCUUCUGGCAGCAGCCUGCGGUCUGAGGAUCAGUUUCUGUGCUCCAUCUGUCUGGACGUGUUCACUGAUCCAGUCAGCACACCAUGUGGACACAACUUCUGCAAGACCUGCAUCACUCAGCACUGGGAUGGAAAUGGCCCCUAUAAGUGUCCUCUGUGUAAUGAGCUUUUCACCCCUAAACCUGAGCUGAGAGUCAACACCUUCAUCAAAGAGAUGGUUGAUCAGUUCAGACUUAAAGCUCAGCAGGAAAGUUUCUCUUCAGGCAGAUUUUACUUUGAGGUUCAGGUUAAAGGAAAGACUGACUGGGCUUUAGGAGUGGCCAGAGAGUCUGUAGACAGGAAGGGAACAAUCAGCCUCAGGCCUCAGAACGGUUUCUGGACAUUUUGGUUGAGAAAUGGAUACGAGUACAAAGCUGGUGCUGGACCUUCAGUCCGUCUCCAUCUCCAUCCUGGUCCUCAGAAGGUCGGGGUGUUUGUGGAUUAUGAUGAGGGUCUGGUCUCCUUCUAUGAUGUAGAUGCUGUAGAUGUGAUCUACUCCUUUACUGGCUGUGGCUUCACUCAGAAACUCUACCCAUUCUUAAGUCCAUCUCUUAAUGAUGGAGGUAAAAACUCGUCUGCCCUGAUCAUCUGUCCUGUUAAUUAGAAUCAUUGAUCUGAUGAAUCUCGAGAGGUGAGCUGGGAAACAUCCUCAGCAGGAAUUCAACAGUUCAGAUCAAUUUCUGCAGCUCUUUCUGAUUCUGUUUCUGCAGUUUUUAUCUUCUCACAUCAGCUUUCUAAAACUACCAGCUCAUUAUUUCUUCUUGGAUUUGUAUGCAAGUAGUUGAAAGUGCCUGUCUGAGUUUGAAUCUUCUCCUUGUUUUCUCUGCUGUGACUUUGAUGAUGAGAUGCUGCUCUUGUAUCUGAAGACUGCAUCCAGAAUGUUAAAACUAGAGACUAAAGUGACUUUAGACACUAAACUAUUCAUUGUCCAACUACUUCUUUCUAAUAAUUAUUCUGAUCUAUAAAAAGAAAACUUGUGAGAUUUUAUGAGACUAAUGUUCUGAUCAAAGUUGUAGUUUUGAAUAUUUUGGUUCUGAAAUAAAACACCAUAUAAUCCAACUGAAGUUUGUUUAAUCUUCAUCCUGUAAAUUAGCAGCUUUAGAAUCUUUAAAAUGCAGAUCUAGAUGAAGUAGCAACUCUGGGAAAAAGUUGCAAAAUCAUUUUGGAUCACUGACUUUUCAGUUCGCGUGACAAAUGGACAGUCAUGUCUCCAAAGACUGUCCAACUCUUUGGACCUAAAGGGGAUGUUGGACCUCCAGUUUACUCAAAUGGACUGAUUGGGCUACAUCUCCCAGCAUUCGUUGCACUGGAAGCCACAUCUG